ACACACAGGUAAACCGAGAUAACACAUUCUUCCUUGAUAAAUACAAGUAUCCAACGAUCGCACUCCCACUCUAUAAACCUCCUAUCAACGUCUAAACAUCAGGGUCACCACCAAAAGAUUGCCAAGAUGUCGUAUAUGAUAAAUCGAGUGUACACUCCAUCGUCUUUCUAUAUUCCAAAUGGAUUACAUCCGGGAAAACAAUUCAUCAUGAGAGGAAGAGUCACUUGGGGUACCGAAGCAUUUGCAAUCAAUUUACAACAAGACGAGAACCCACAGGGAGGUGACAUCGCAUUCCAUUUCAACCCCCGACCCUCACAAGGAGAAGUAAUCAGGAACUCUUGCACUGGCGGUGAUUGGCAGGACGAAGAAAAAGAACAGCCACAUUUCCCAUUCGAUGACGGCAGAUCAUUCAUCCUCCGUAUUGAAGUUACUGCAAGUGAAUUCAGAACAUAUGUUAACGGCAAACCAUACAUCAACUACUCUCAUCGUGUGGAUUUGGGAGAUGUCCAUUUCUUACACUUGACAGACGGUGCUGAAUACUAUGACAUCACCUUUGUUGAUAGAUAUGGUUUGCCAUAUAGAACAGAGAUUCCAGGAGGUAUGCAAGUCGGAAAAGCCGUCAGAAUCAGAGGUGCAGGAAUGGACAAUGAACCAUUCAGCAUCAACUUUGGAUGUGAUUGUGAGAACGAGACCUGUGCUUUCCACUUCAACCCAAGACCAAACGAAGGUGUAGUUAUUCGUAAUGCCAACCUUGGUGGCUGGGGGGACGAGGAGAGAGACUAUGAGGCAGAUUUCCCAUUUAGCCCAGGACAAUACUUCGAUGCUCUGUUUGUGUGUACUGAUGACAAGUAUCAUGUGUACGUGAAUGGAGAGCAUUUUACUGAUUUCAACCAUCGAUGUGGAGUGCCUGAUGUGUCUCACUUUCAUGUACAAGGAAACAUGGACAUCAAAGAUGUGGAAUAUUUCGAACCAUUGGAGGACGAUUUUGUCAAACAGAUUCCAUCUGGAAUGGAGAAAGGAGAUGUAGUAGUGUUUAAAGGAUUUAUGAGACCAGGAGGCGAUGUAUUUUCAGUAAAUUUUAUGACCGGAUACACAGCCGAUUCAGACAUUGCCUUACAUUUCAACCCUCGUGUUGGUGAAGGACAGGUCAUUAUGAAUUGCUGCACUGGAGGAGAUUGGGGCGAAGAAGAAAAGGCAGACAUUCCAUCUUGUAUUGCUGAAGGAAAACCAUUUGAAAUCAAAAUUGUAACAAAGAGGAACAAAUUCAAGGUUUAUGUAAACGGAAACAAAUGCAUGAAAUUUGAUGCCAGACUUAACGUGGAGGACAUCAAGGGAAUAAUGGUUAAAGGAGAAGCCUUUAUCUAUCAAGUUAAACUGGAAAGAAAACUGGAAAAACCCGUUGUAGAGAGUCUACCAUUUGGUCUUAGAGAAAACGGAUGGAUCGUUGUUCAAGCCAUUCCAAAGAAAGGAUCAGAAGGGUUUGCUGUAAACUUAUGCUGCGGAGAAGAUGAUGACUGUGAUGUAGCAUUCCACUUCAAUCCACGUCUACAGGAAAAUUGCUCCAUUAGAAACACGUUUGCUGGGGGAGAUUGGCAAGAGGAGGAGCGUGACCAACCAUGCUUUCCAUUUGAAAAGAAGGAAACAUGUGAAAUUGCCAUCAAUAUAAAGUCCGAUAAAUUUGUGACGUAUGUAAAUGGAGAACAUUAUAUAGACUAUAACCACAGACUUUCACUAGAUAGUGUUUGUCACCUGAAACUGACAGGACAUGCAGAAUUUUACGAACCAGAGUUCUUGUAAAAGAAAUUGGCAUUAUAACUAUCAUACGAGAAUAUCAUCGCCAUAUACUGCAAAGACAAUCAGCUUAUACAUUAUAAAUCUGUGAUAUAUAGAAACAAAAUAGUGAAUAAUAGAAUCAGUACCUGUCUGUUAAAACAAAGUGUGGAAGGAAGAAUUAUUUGCUUAGACAGCUUUUUAUAAUGAACAAAUUGAUAUAUGAAUAAAAAUGUAUUUAUUUUAUAUAAUAAAAAAGUAAUUAAAUUAAAGGUCUGGUUAAUGCCUUUUAGGAAUGUCAAAUAUUUGAGAUAGUGUAUAUUCUUAGCCAUCAACUUGCUUAAUUGCAUGUUGUGAGAAAAAUGUCUGGAUGUAAUAACGGUAUUGCACAAUUUGCAGAUUUCUUAAAAACUGAGUUCACAUAAGACUUUUCAAAAAUCUAUUUACAUUUCAAAGUUUUAAAUAAUGGACACAUACUGUAUUGCUAGAAUUAUGACUUAUCAUAAUUGUAAUUUCUAUUUACUUAUAUUGCUUUGUUGCUGUUUAUUAUUGAAUAAAAAAACUUUUAUCUUUA